AUGGCCGCCGUCCCCGCAUGGCAGACAGACGAGCUUGGGGAGGAGUGGGUAGAGACAUCCCCUUCCCCACCCGGCUCCCCACCAGCAGACGCUUCUACCCACGACAUGCCCAUCCCAUCACACGCAUCCCUCUCCGCCAAGCGAGGCAGUCUGCGGAGUCUCGGACAGGCCCCCGCUCGCCCCUUACCCCCAUCGCGCAAGACAUCAGCAGCUGGUCCGGAAUAUGCCCGCUCGCCAUCCAACCCCUAUGUUCGCUCGGCCUCUGGCAUGCUGUCCCCUCCCACCAGCGUCUCCGGCAGCGAGGGCGACAGUCAACCACAACAACGGCAGGUCGGCAAGGAGAACUCGCCCCCCGCUCAACCUCAAACUGCCAGUGUUCCCUCUGAGAGUGCAGCAGGUACAUUUCUCGUCAAGGAGGAUGUCGAGGACGUGCACGGCAAGGCGUUUCCAAAGAACCCGUUUGGUGUUGGCAAAGACAUGUUUACGGCUCUUGCGCUCGAGAGGAUGUUUGAACCGCCCACACCGCCGGCUCCGGGAAGGACUUUGAGGGACAACAAUGGAGACUCGAUGACCAUCGCUGGGCCAUCAGCACUGCACAAGUCAAUGACCAGGUCGCCAGAGCCUGACAGCUCUGCGGCAGAGGUUUCGCCGCUUGUCCAGUCGCCAUUGUCCGACAAGCCUGCUUCGGACAGGUCAGAGAGCGCCGGCUCAAUGCGGGAAAUCUCCGCUGGGUCCAUAAAGUCUUUGUCGACUAGCCCAGAGGUCUCCCUCUCUCCGACCCCAUCCCCCGCCGGACCCCCUGUUGAGCGUCGGGUAUCGCAUGCAUAUGCCCCAACAAACCCGUCACGACUUUGCAAGUCGGUCACCCCGUCUGACAGCUCAUUUGCGACCACAGAGGCUACCACCCAUGACAACACUCUCCACUCCAACCUCGAGGACGACACUGUCCACUCUGACCGUCUCCCACCACCCUUUGCCAAUGAACAAACCGAGCAUCCCCACGAGCACGAGCCUGAAGGUGACGACGACCAGUACGAGUCGAUGGUUGAGACCACUGUGGACGGCUCCAUUGACGACCUGGCAUCACCACCACAUUCGCCCGAGCAAGAAGAUCACGCCGACCUUCCCGAGUCACCGCUCACCGACCCCAGGUAUCCCUUUACCUUCACUGCACCCGUCCAGCAUGACCAGGCCACGCCUGAGUUUGACCCUCCUUUGGCCCCGUUAGAGGGCGGCGAGCCGGCUCACUCGACCUUGCGCCUCCGCCCAGCAUCAACUAACCUGGGCCUCCGGUUGUUCCGCAACACGUACGACACGGUGACCCGCGAGCAUCUCUCGGCCCUGGUCGAUAGCAUUGCCAUCCAGCCCUCCCCCUCACCCCCUCCCUCGGUGCCCGACGCCAGGGACCUUCGCGAUUGGUCUCCUACAGCCGAUGACCAGUCGCCCGUCCGCUCAAACUCGACCGGCACCAUGUCGACCCCCAGCAAUGGGUCAGGCAUGUCAGACGCCCGAUCAUCCAAGCGCCUGCGCCUCUCGCCACCUUCGCCCCGUGGCCCCACCGCUGUUCGUGACUGGCGCGCCCAGGGCGCCGCAUUAAUGAACCGUAUUCGCGUCACCGACCCGGAAAUGAGCCAGACGAGCGACAGCAGGAGUGCUACUCGUAGCUGGGACUCGAGGGACAUGGGAAGCCGGAGCGGCAGUCGUAGUUGGGAGGACAGCAGGACGCGUGAAGAGUUCCGCAGUGCCACCUUUCCAACCGAAGGCGAGUCUGCCGCAAGCGGGUCUGCCUAUUAUGGCAUGCCCACUGUCGACUAUGGCGCCGUCCCUCCGACUCCCCCCGCUGAGCUGCAGCAGGAGGCUGGGUUUGUCGAUGAGUUUGGGACGUACCACCGCUCCAACCCGUCUACAGCUUCGUCCACCUACCUCCACCGUGCCGAGGACGUAAUGUCGCGCAUCAAACAGCGCAUGGUGUCUCCGUCUACAUCUACUGUCGAAUCGAGCGAGCGCGAGGCCCGACGCGCUCUGUCCCAGUCGAGCACCCAGACCUGGACCAGCUCGGAUGCUGAGCCGCGCGUCCUUAGGGCAGGUGCACGCCCUGCCGGGCCAAGCCCACGCCGCCUUCCGCGCCGCUUGAGCGCUUCAGACGAGAUCAAACGGAUCGAGGAGGAGAUCGUGCAGUCGAGCGACGAUGACGAGGUUCCACCUCCCAAUAUUGUUGUUCGCAGCCCCGAACGACCUGUGAGCCGCACUUCACUCCAGGGCUCGGGACAACCCCCUGGACAGAACCGCGAGGACCUCAAUCGAUUCAUGUCCGCUUCCACCUACGCCACUGCCACGACCGUGUCGACUUCAUUUGUCAAGCACCGUGGCCCUCGCGAUCCCGCCCUCCAACCAAACAUGACCCACAUCCUUCCUGGUGACGUCCAUGGUGUGGUUCCUGACCGUAUUGGCAAGAUGCGCUUCGACCAUGCCACAAUGCGCUGGGUCCGUGAGCCCCAGGGACUUGGCCGCGUCGACGAAAUGGGGGAGAGCCGCACCAUUGGCAGCGAUGAAAGUGCCGAUCCCUUUGCUGGGUUUGAGAGUGUUGGUUCAAUGGCAUCUCCCGAGCGUCCCAUCCAGGAAGCCAGUAUAUCAUCGUCGGAUGAGGUGGAGGAGCAGGAAGAGGACCUCCAGGCCAGCAUGCGCACGGUUCAGACCGUCGACGACUGGGACCAGUCUGAGGAUCUGGAGCUUCCCCAGCAGCACGAAGAGGUCGACUUGGAUGCCACGCCUCGUCCUCCCGCUCGACAGCAACACGCACUCCGCCCGCCGGUGGUGCACUCAAACUCGGCGCCUACCCUCAGGACCCCAACCCCAGCUACGCCGGGCACGACUCCUCCUGGCCCACUCCGCUCUGCCCUGCGCAACCCCAACUCGACACCGGCCUCGGCACUGAAGAAGCAGACGGCAUGGCACCCUGACCUCACCCCCGCCCCGGACAAUCGCUACGGUUCGGUGGAGCGCAGCGUGUCCUACCGGCGCAGCGUCAGCUUCUCGGACCAGUACAUUGCCCCACCGCGCGACUUCAGCGGGAGCCGCCACAAGCGCCAGUUAUCGGCAGAAAGGGACCUCUUCUCCGAGAACGACGAGACCAAUGCUACCAACGCGUCGUGGUUACCCAGUGCCCGCACACGCCGUAUUCAAGGCGUGUUGGACGAGAUGGCCGACCUGAGUCUAGCCGAUGACUCGCCGUCCAAGCCCCCUUCACGCGAGCCGACGGUGACCCGCAAGCAGAUCCAGCAACAGCAACAGGAGGCGGUCCCGGAAUCUGGCGAGGAGAGCGAGGACACGAUCCCCCUGUCACGCUUCCGCUCGUUCAGAUCGUACCGUGGCACCAGCCGUCGGGCUGACGCGACGUUCCUCACCGAAUGUUCGUUUGGUGUCGCCCACGACCGCCUCGUGCAGCUUAUCACCGAUGUCCAGCCAUUUGAGCCGUACUGGGAGAACCUGCGCUCCAUCGAUCUGUCCAACAAGGGUGUUGAGUCUCUCGCUCGUCUGAAAGAGUUCCUUCCUGCCCUCGACGAGGCGCGUCUGAGUGACAACAUGAUCGACUAUCUGUCCGGCAUCCCGAGCACAGUGCGCACACUCCAUGUGGCAGGUAACCAACUGUCGAGCCUGACCAGUGUCAACCAUCUGCGCAACCUCCAGUACCUGGACAUUUCACGCAACCAGCUUGACAGCGUGGCCCAACUUGAAUGUCUCACACACCUUCGCGAGCUCAACGCAGACAACAACGCCAUCACCGACCUGACUGGCAUUCUGGCCAUGGACUCUCUCCUGAAGCUGUCGGUUGCCGGCAACAAGUUGGAGCGCAUCGAUUUUGACCAGGCAAAGUGGGGCAAGCUCGAGACGCUCAACCUCUCCAACAACCGGAUCAGCAGUGUCAAGGGUCUCCACCGUCUCACAUCUGCCACCAGCAUCAACCUUGAUAAAAACCGUCUCGUCGAACUGGACCCUGCCUGCCCCUUGACCGCGGUCCGCAUCCUGCGCGUCAGCGAUAAUGACAUUUCCCACCUCGACCUCUCGCACUUCCCCAAGGUCCGUACGCUAUUUGCGGACGGCAACUCGUUGCCCGGUCUGUCGCGUUCAAUGUCGACUGGUGGACACCGGAUCGAAAACUUGUCUCUGCGCAACCAGCGUGUCGGCCGCCUGGCUCUCACUCCCGAGGACUUGCAGAGCGUCAAACGACUGUAUCUUUCUGGAAACCGCCUCGAUCCCGAUUUCCUCCCGCCCAACCCCCUUUUCAACCUCGUCUACCUCGAGGCCGCAGCGUGCAACCUCACGUCAUGGCCCGCCGACCUUGCAGCCAGGGUACCCAACCUCCGUAUCCUGAACGUCAACUACAACUUCCUCCCGGACCUGGACGGCCUGGACGGUCUGGCGUUUAUCCGGAAGCUCAUGGCAGUCGGUAACCGUCUCGGCGGUGGCAGCAAGGGUGGCGCGGUGCGCGGCCUCAAGGGCCUCUCCUCGCUCGAGGAAGUGGACCUGAGGAUGAACCCCAGCACGCUCAGCUUUUAUCUUCCCAUCCUCCUCCCUCGCACGAAAGGGGGCAGCUCCAGUGGUUCACGGGACAAGGACAAGGACCGAGCAGCUUCCGACGGCGUGGUACCCGACAACUGGCCAGCAAUGGAUGCCCAAUUCCGCCGCCAGCUCCCCGACGAAUGGUACUCGAAACGUCUCGUCUACCGUGGUCUCGUCAUGGCUGCUUGUCCCGAGUUGCGCUUGUUGGACGGCAUCAGAGUCGAGCAGGCCGAGAAGCGCAAAGCGGCCAUGUUGCUCGAGUACGCGAGUGAGGCGAGCCUCCAGUAG